CCCAAAUUCACGUCCCGGCGUGCAUGCAGCACCACCUCAUCCUUCAACCUGACAGAAGGCAAACAUCCACUCUUGUCCGCCAAACAGCUUGCACACCGCAGGCUGAAGCGCACAUUCCCUUCCGUGCUAGACACCGACUAUGUGAACUUCCAACUUGUCCUCAUCGCUGCUUGUUCACCUCUUGUCGCCACCCCCGAUCAUGUCUCGACCGCCUCGAUUCGAGUUCCUUCUGAUGAAGUUAGAUGGCACAUAUCCUAGGCAGACAUGCGACCAUCUCAUCGACAUCGACGGUCGACACAUCACCACGCAGAUCUUCAAGGAUCAUCACGCUCAAAUCGAUUGUCGUGCCGAGACUGGACAGAAUCGGGAAGCUGACGAUGUCCUUGUACGCAUACAAACUUCGGGCUGGAGCUGUAUGAUUGAAGCCUAUACUCAGAUGAUCAUCGAGCAGCCUCUACCGAAUGGUCAGCUGUCAGGACUCGCCGACGUGAUGAACGGCGAGGGUCUGGCCAUUGCUGCGAGCGACCGAUACAUCCGAACCCUGGCCUACGUUCGGCCCGGCGAUGUGAUGCAUUUUCCCGACGCAGCGCUUAAGGUCCGCUUCGAUAUUGCAACGGAGAAGACCACUUCGCCGCCCCUUCCUGGCCAGGCCAGCAAAGCCGAAGAAGUGUCACCGGCCCUUCCAAACUCGCUGGCUGGUGCCGAAGUUCAAGUCAGGUCAUCCGACUCCGCUGUCGAGCAGCAAGAUUCCGAUUCCGAGGACGACGAUGAUUUGGAUCGCCUGCCUGCACCUGCGAAAUCAUCUGUUGACGAAGCAAUGCGUGCAACUCCUCCCGUCAUCGAGCCGAUGAUCAAGGAGACUCCGAAGCAUCUCCCAUCUGCCUUGCCGGAAGAUGAGGAGCCUUACUCGACUGCUCAAGAUGGAUUGCUCGAACGGGAAGAAGAUGUCAGCGCCGACAGACAGCCCAUCAACGCUGAGAGCCCCAGCCCGCUCGCCCAGAGGAGUAUCGCACUCGCUGCUUCCGUGGACGAUGAAGAAGUGCUGAAGCCAAGGACUGUCAACACAACCUACGGAAAGCGGCAGAAGUCUCGCACGCCUCAGAAGCUCAGCAGCCUGCCCACUCCAGAUGACGUCCAGGAUUUGCCAGAACGCGAUGAGUCUUCCCACGCCGAGAACGACAACAACAACUACGACGACAUUCCCGCCACGUCAGACAAUAUGACUAUGCAUGACGUAACAACAGAAGCUGCCUGGCGCUCACACCCAGUCAGUGCCGCGACGAAGAAGCGCAAGGUCCACAAUUCAGACAACGAGCCCGAAGAACGCGAAUCCCCGCAAGUCAACAAGAAACGAAGGGUCGACGAAGAGCGAAGUCCAACGCCUUCAGCUCCGAAGCAAGAAGAUGUAGACGACGCAGAAGACGAAUCCGCAACAGACCCAGCACCAUCGCCGCCAAAGACUCGCGGCAAGUUGAAGAAGGUCACACGCAAGGCCGCUCGGUACUCCAGCGAGGAAAUUGCGGUGGCUCCGAAGAGAAGGCAGCCUUCCCCAGUUCUACCUGUCGUGGUCAAGCGGCACAGAAAGAGUACCACCCCGGCAAGCUCGGCCUCCUCGACACUGCUCGGCAAGACGCCCAAGAUUCUCCUCAGCACCGAAAGCGCAAUUCAUCGGAACACCGCACUGAAAGCCUGGCUGCGAAAAGCUGGAAUCACCAUCAUCGACAAGGUCCCCUCCAAGACCACAAACUUCGUGUGCGUCGUCACCAAGGACCAUAGCCUCAAAAGUGCCAAAGUCCUACACUCCCUCGCCAUGAACAAGUCCGUGGUGACCGAAGACUGGCUCACGGAUUCCGAGGCCCAAGGCGAACUACAAGAUCCGCUCGACUACCUCCACAAAACCGUGGAGCCGAACGCCACGCACGACAAGAGCCGCAUCUUCGCAGGCAAACACCUCUUCUUCACCCGCGCCGCUGUAGCAAACUACGGCGCCGGGUGGAAAGACAUUCAAGAUGUAGCGAAGGAGGCAGGGGCAAGCGAGGUGGGCAAGUUGGAUUUCGAUCGCUCUUCUCAUCUCCACGAGCGGGACGAUGUGGUGUUCUUCGGCACUGUGAAGGGGGAUGAAGACGUGGCGGAGCUGAUCAAAGAGUACGGGCGGGACGUCUAUUCGAAGGACCUGUUUACGGACAGUAUCAUCGCCGGCGAGCUGAAGCUAGAGCAGAAGCUGUCGGCGCCGGCUGCGGCGAAGAGGAAGAGGCGGUCGUGAGGGAGCGUGGACACACUGUGUGCGUCGCUCUACUCUACCGGGCACAAAUCAUACCAGCCAUAUCAUGUACAAGCGGCGAUAACACCUCUCUGUGUCCUGACUCCUCGCAUCUCAGCCUUCACCGCAGUCCAGCACGUGUUUGCCCGCGAGCAUCCUCAGUCGUGUGCUCUUAUCAUGAUGAGCUUCUCCAGUGCCUUUGCUGAUCCGAUCUAGUCGUGGUGCGUACACCCCCGUCCACGCCGGUAUCCUGAUCUCCACCACGUAGACUCUGCCACCGCCUAUCCAGCAUACCUGUUGGGGCUUAGAGGUGGCAUUCACCUCCAAGUGCAACUCGUGGGGAAGAGGCGCGUGGGAAAAAAAGGAAUGUCGUUAG